CGCUAACAACUUUUAUAAUUCUGUCGGUGGGUCACUGUAUAGUCACUACUCAUUACUCACUCAGAAGACAACAUUGAACUCAAACAUUGAAUAUGCUUCGAGUAAUGGGAGCGAGACUCUUCAAAUUGGAAGCCAUGGUCAAACUCUUGUUGUCACCCUUUUCUGUUAUGUUUUUCGCCAGAUUCUCAGCUUGUGUGGUUGCACUUCUUGUGCUCAUAUGGGCUCUUCACUUCAGAAACAGCUUUAUUCCUCACAACCCAUCUCAACAAGGCCUCAUUUAUGCUGUGUUGCAUCCUUUGCUAAUGGUGAUUGGUUUCAUCCUCAUUAGUGGAGAAGCAAUUUUGGUGCACAGAUGGUUGCCUGGUUCAAGAAAUUCUAAGAAAUUGGUGCACCUUUGCCUCCAAGGUGUUGCUUUGUCUUGUGGAUUUUUUGGGAUUUGGACCAAAUUUCACGGGGAAGAUGGAAUUGUGGCUAAUUUUUUCAGUUUGCAUUCUUGGAUGGGUUUGGUUUGUAUUGCCAUGUUUGGGGCUCAGGUUAGUUCUAAUAGCUUUGCAGAUAGUACACCUUGCUUUGUGCUUGUUGCGUAUGGUGAAGUGGGGUUGUGAAUAAUUGAAAAUUUAUAGGUAAUUAUAUUACAAAUUCAACAUUACUUUUGUCAAAUUCAUUAAAACUCCAGUUUUCUUUCAAAGAGAACUCUUAGAUGUCAAAGAUACCCUGUGUACAUGGUGAAAUUUAGUAAAAUAGAAGCAAAUGUGCAGGUUUUUUGUAAUUUUGAAAGAUGAGAUGAAUUUUAUCUUCAUUAUUUUUGAGGUUUAUAGCACAGGCGGCCGUGGUUGGUUUAGCUUAUAUUGGGGAUGCGCAAUAUAUAUUAAUCAUUGCUACCUAGCCAAUUACUAUUAAGCCAUCUUAAAUAAUUCAUUAGUUGUUAUCUAGCUAGUCAUUAAAUCUGGUGGCUAUGUUACUUGCUACUUAACUUUUAAAAAGACGAAUCUAAGAAAGUUUUGGUAAACACUUAAAAAACUAUGACAAAUCAUUUGGUUGAAAAGGAAAAAGGGGUCAAAAAGAAUAAAAAAAAAAAAGAAA